AUGAAUUUCAACAACCCCAAUCUCUUCACAGACGUCGAUCUAUUGGACGGCUUCAUCAGCGAUGACUUGACCCCCUACAUGUCCGACUCAGCCCCUCCCCCAGACCUAUCAAAUGGAAUCCCCAAUCUUGCCCCAACUCAUCCUGCGCCGCAGAAUCCCUUCACGCCCCUGUCGCUGCACGGAUAUAAUCAAACUGCUACACCAGCACCGCCUGCAAAGGUCGGCGGGAGAUUCACGAGGGAGUCGGUGCGGAUAUUGAAGAAUUGGCUCGCGACGCAUCAGAACCAUCCGUAUCCGCGCGAACCUGAACGGCGGAUGCUGCAGGAGGAGACGGGGCUUACAAAGACGCAGAUAUCUAACUGGUUGGCUAAUGCGAGACGACGAGGAAAGAUUCCGUCGAGUGCUUCUUCGCCGAGACAUGGUGAUACGCCUGCUAUGGAUAUACCGCCUAGACCUGGGACGCCGGCUGUGAGGAAUACGUCUGAUAUGGAUCCUCUGCAGCGAUGGGUUGAUUCGCCGCCUGAGGAUGAACCUGCUGCUGUUACUGCGAUUGCGAGGGCUGUAGCUUCAGUGCGACCACAAUCAGGUUCUUCGAGUCCAUACACGAGACUAUCUCGAACGCCAUCAGUUCGAAGUGUCGGUACAUCGCGAUCCAGCUCAAUCAGCUCAGUUAAUUCGCACACGAGCCGUUCGUCACUCGGCCUCAAUGAGCUCUUUAGUCGAGGAAGUUCUCGUCGCAGAAGACGCGCAUACAAAGAAGAGCGAAGAUCAUUAGCAGCUCCCCGAAAGGCAUUCCAAUGCACAUUCUGCACUGAGACAUUCCGAGCAAAGCACGAUUGGUCACGCCACGAGAAUUCUCUUCAUCUUCCGCUUGAGCGCUGGGUCUGUAGUCCAGAAGGGCCCCGUGGUCAAAAAGCCGAUAGUUCCGAGACCCGGUGUGUUUUCUGCGGCCACAUUGAUCCUGACGAUGCACACAUUGAAACACACAAUUACUCGGCGUGCAAGAAUCGACCUGUACAGGAACGCACGUUCAAUCGAAAGGACCAUCUUAAUCAACAUCUCAAAUUGGUCCAUAAUGCUAAAUUCGCCGAGUGGCCGAUGAGACAGUGGAAAGCUCCGCCGCCAGCGAUUCACUCACGAUGCGGUUUCUGCAAUCUUGUGAUGGAGACAUGGAUUGACCGUGUGCAUCAUCUAGCCGAUCAUUUCAAGACGGGCAAGACUAUGGCAGACUGGAAGGGUGAUUGGGGAUUUGAGCCGCAUAUUCUUGAGCUUGUUGAGAAUUCGAUUCCUCCUUACUUUAUCGAAACUGAACGAAAUAGUCCUUUUCCAUUCGAAGGGAGCCGUGCGCUGGUUGAAACGCCCCGGACAGCUUAUGAGCUGCUCAAAUUGGAGCUGGCGUAUUUCAUGCAGAAUCACUUUUACAAACAUGCGCGAAUGCCGACCGGCGACGAAAUGCAGCUCGAAGCGUGCCGGAUUUUAUUUGCAUCUGAACCUCUGUCUCACGUUGACCUAGUCUGCCCAUCAUGGCUUCGAGAUCUGGUCUUUUCGAAUGUUGCAAUCUCUCAACAAGCUCAAUUCGGACCUAUGAGAUCAAACGCCGAGAGUCGACUUUCUUCACUAGAAAUUAGCGGAAAGAACAACAUCUUUGAGGGAUGUCCUUUUGAAAUGCAGCUACAAGAGUUUGUACAAGCAAAGCAGCUCCUGGGAUUGAGUAUCAGAGAUGAUGAACUGCGAGAAGAAUGCUGCAGAAUUGUUGGUCGUUUGGAGGAAGUCUCAGCAACACCAUCCGAUUUCAUCGCGAAUUGGCUUAUCAAGAUCAUUCACUUACCCGGAGAUUGGCUUCUCCCAUUUCGGCAACGCACAGGAAUUGAACUGAUCGGAUUAUCCGAGGGAAUGAACUUGAACGCGAUGAUCCAGGAUUAUACGCGCCUCGAACAGGAACUCGGAGCUUAUCUCGACCUGCAACGCGUCAUUGGCAUUGAACCACCCGACGACGACCUUCGCCGACAAGCGCGCGUCAUAAUCCAUGGUUCAGAUUCAAAUGUAAACCAUACAGCAGCAGACGAUGAUUACUGGCUGGCCGCUUUCCGACAGCGACAUUCCACGACCACAGAAAACCCCGAAGCUUGGAACACGCCACUUCGACCAGAUCCCCAUCUCCUCGCGGCUCGAGGUCUCGUUCUCAAAACAAGUACAGCUUUUCUAAAUGAUCAUAAUUACUGGCGGUGGUUUACCCAGGAACUACGACGAUGGGUAUCUGCGAUAAUGUCGCCGCAUAAUCCAGCGAGUCGCAUUCCCUCAGAUGAAGAGAUUCAGCAUUACGCGCGAUGGAUCAGCUACAACGAUGAUGAUCCAUUCAACCAAACCAUCGCAGAGAACAAAGAUUGGCUCGAGGCGUUUAAACGGGACGUCGGUAUUACAGAAGCGCUUAAUAAUGGCCAGAUAUAA